GGGCCAGGAUGAAUGCAAAUUUCAAAGAUGGCGGCGGAGGGAGGAGGGAAGGAGAUGAACGAGAUCAAAACUCAGUUCACGACCCGAGAAGGCGCAUACAAACUCCUCACGCACUCCGAGUACAGCCGCCCCAACCGGGUGCCUUUCAACUCGCAGGGCUCCAACCCCGUGAAGGUCUCGUUCGUAAACGUGAACGACCAGUCCGGCAACGGCGACCGAAUCUGCUUCAAUGUGGGCCGGGAGCUCUACUUCUACAUCUACAAAGGCGUCCGAAAGGCUGCAGACCUAAGUAAGCCAAUAGACAAGAGGAUAUACAAAGGUACGCAGCCCACCUGCCAUGACUUUAACCACCUUACUGCCACGGCGGAGAGCGUAUCAUUGUUGGUGGGGUUCUCAGCCGGCCAGGUGCAGCUCAUUGACCCCAUCAAGAAAGAGACAAGCAAGCUCUUCAAUGAAGAAAGACUAAUAGAUAAAUCUAGAGUGACUUGUGUAAAAUGGGUGCCAGGCUCUGAGAGCCUCUUCCUUGUAGCUCAUUCCAGUGGAAACAUGUACUUGUAUAAUGUGGAGCAUACAUGUGGCACAACAGCCCCUCACUACCAGCUGCUCAAACAGGGCGAGAACUAUGCUGUGCACACGUGCAAGAGCAAAUCCACGCGCAACCCUCUGCUCAAGUGGAUGGUGGGCGAGGGGGCACUGAAUGAGUUUGCCUUUUCUCCCGAUGGGAAGUUCCUGGCCUGUGUGAGCCAGGAUGGUUUCCUCCGCGUGUUUAACUUUGAUGCAGUGGAGUUGCACGGGACCAUGAAAAGCUAUUUUGGGGGACUGCUUUGUGUAUGCUGGAGCCCGGAUGGGAAAUACAUUGUCGCGGGUGGAGAGGAUGACUUGGUCACCGUGUGGUCGUUUGUGGACUGUCGAGUCAUAGCACGGGGUCACGGUCACAAGUCAUGGGUAAGUGUGGUGGCAUUUGACCACUACACCACUAGCGUGGAGGAGAGCGACCCCAUGGAGUUCAGCGGCAGCGACGAGGACUUCCAGGAUCAGAUCCACUUUGGCCGCGACCGGGCCAACAGCACUCAGUCACGUCUCUCGAAGCGCAACUCCACGGAUAGCCGACCAGUCAGCGUCACCUACCGCUUUGGCUCGGUGGGUCAGGACACUCAAUUGUGCCUGUGGGACCUCACAGAGGACAUCCUGUUCCCCCACCUCCCCCUGUCUCGAACCAGGACCCACACCAACGUUAUGAACGCUACAAGUCCCCCAGCUACAGGAAGUGGAGGAGGCGUGAGCAGUACGGUCGUCACGACGACCAAUAACCCCAGUACGAAUGGCAGCAACAACAGUGGCGCAAACACGCCGGGGAACUCCCUGCCCACGCCGCUUCCCCGCUCCAACAGCCUGCCACAUUCAGCAGCUGCCACCACUGCUAACAGCAGCAAAAGCAGCGUGAUGGACAACGCCAUUGCCUCGGGUGUCAGCAAGUUUGCCACGCUUUCACUGCAUGACCGCAAAGAUCGCCACCAUGACAAGGACCACAAGCGCAAUCACAGCAUGGGCCACAUCAGCAGCAAGAGCAGCGACAAGCUCAACUUGCUCACCAAAACGAAAACGGACCCAGCCAAGACACUGGGCACGCUGCUGUGCCCACGUAUGGAGGACGUACCCCUGCUCGAGCCGCUCAUCUGUAAAAAGAUAGCACAUGAGAGACUCACUGUUCUCAUCUUUCUAGAGGACUGUAUAGUCACCGCUUGUCAGGAGGGAUUUAUUUGCACAUGGGCGAGGCCUGGCAAAGUGGGUUUAUUGUCAUCCCAAAACCAAGCCAACUCUCCCAGUGGAACAGUAGUAUAGCCACAAUAUUUCUGCUGCUAAGAACCCUGCAUCACACCGCUGUCAUAUAGAGAGCCCUGUGCUGCUCUUCACUUCAUCUUCACUUCGUUUUAUUUGAAACCCCAUACCACCCCCCAGCCCCCCCCCCCCCCCCCCCUCUGUUUUCAUUUCUUAAACGUUUGCUAUUGGUUGCCUCACGUGGUCUACUUGCACAGUGGACUUGCUAAUACUGUGCACAAAUGGAAGUGGUGUGGUGCAAUGAUGGAAUGAUGGACUGCGGCCAUGUCAAUUUCUUUUACCACCCCCCACCCUUCCCCUAUCCUUUUUUUUUUAAAGAAAUAUAUUUAUUUUUGUCAUUUUGAUUUUCACACACAUUUCACUAUUUUUCUUUUCUGAAUUUGAAGCAUGGCUAUAGCGAGAAAGUCAUUUAAGAGUGGAAACCAGUCAGCUUUUUGACUGUGGUAAACUGAAGGGGUGGGGAUUUGGGCCAGAAACCAGGGGCAAAGAGAAUCCAAGGACUUGCUUCCAUCCAAAUUCCUUUUCCUAAGGUUUUUGUUUUUUCUUUCGUAUGGAAUAGAUUUUCCCCCAUUUAAGAACUUUGCACUGAUUUUAUUUUGGUUGUCUGUUUUGUAACUACUAUAAAGGAUUAAAAAAAAAAAAAGACAACAAAGAAGAGGUUUGGGGAUGGCCUUGAUGCACUUGGCUUUAAUAUCCUCUGUCUUGAAAUUUGAAUCUGAAAAAGCUGGAUGCUGCAAUCAUAGUUUUUUUUAAAGAAAAUUUGUUUGCACUUAAUAGUUUAUUAGAAGAGAAUGGCUUUACAUUUUGUGUGCAAGGACUCACAGACUGGUAUAAGGUGGAGAAAUAUGAAACAAUUAAAAAAAAAAACUUUGUAUCUAUUGAGCAUUUAUUUUAAUAUUGUUUCAGAUUAAAAUCUGCUUUGUAUUAUAUGUAUAAUAUUGUAAUUCAGUGAUUAAUGGGGCAAAAGCAAAUGAUCAGUACUACUCUAGUGGACGUUUUGUCAUCAUUAAAGGAAAUAGUGAUUUCUAAAGCAGAAAAAUAUACAUAUUAAUAAUAUUAAAAAAUCUUGAAUAUGCAGGUUUCUGUUUAUUUUUUUCCCCUUUUCUCUUGUACAAAAUUCAUCCAGAUGUAUUUUGAUAUAGGAUAUUUAUGUAUCAGAAGACUCAAAUAUUUGCGUUAACAUGCUUAAUAGUACAGAUUCACGAAAUGCAGUGUUGUCUGACAGUGGAACUCGGGAAUUCUAAAGUUUGAAGCUCAGGAAGUCGGGCAGACUACAACAAAAAAGUCAAUAUUUAGCUUACAAGCUGAUAUUCUGCUGAUAAUAUUAAGCCACACCCACUAAACAACUGCAAUGUAGGUUUGAAGCUGAUCAGUAGGACAUUACCAUGUGACCCUAUUUAACAUUUUAAUGUACCUUGUUUUUGUGAGUAUCAAUCAUUGUUAAUGCAACAUUCAGUGAAUCGACACUAACUGGGAAAGGCGAGGAUGCUACAGUGCUCAUUUUAUGUCAACAUUUUACAGUUCACGUUUUGUUCUUCAUUAAAAAGGAACAUAGAUA